AUAGCAACUGCCUUCACCAGAGCAACUCCUCAAAGCAUCUAUCUGAGGUACAUGUUGCAGCCCUCGGUUUCCAGCGACAGAAUAACCUGAGAGUUUAUGUUUCGGGGAAGAAAGGAGACUGGAUAUCUUCCAGCGCCGGGACCCAGAGAAGAAGCCAUCCACGAGUUUCCAGAGGACAUUUUUACCAAGGAGCAGAGGAAGAAGGGGGCCGUUUGUCUGCAUGCUCUCUGUGCCAUCUACAUGUUCUACGCUCUGGCCCUCGUCUGCGAUGACUACUUUGUCCCGUCUCUUGAGAAGAUAUCUGAGAACCUGCAGCUUAGUGAAGAUGUGGCCGGAGCGACAUUCAUGGCUGCAGGAAGCUCUGCUCCGGAGCUGUUCACGUCUCUCAUUGGUCAGUAG